AUGCCAAAAAAGUCGCUGCGGCCAGUGGGUGCACGGCAAGCAGCUCUAGCAUUUAUUUUCAUGCUCUCUUCAACUUUUCGGUGGCACAACUUUUCGAAAGUUGUCCUCCGCCCCGGAAGUGCCGUCUCGGGCUCUUAUUCUCAACUCGUCUCAGCCGUUGGCUCAUCUGUUCGGUCUUAUCAUACCAAGUUCAAUCAGCCCGCCCCGCUGUCUGAAAUCUUCAAUCGCAUACCAUGGCCGACAACAAGGGAGGAGAAGGAAGAACUGGUGGCCGGCGUAAGAACCGCGAUAUGGGACGCGCCGAGUGGAGACAAGCGAGAACGCCUUGAACGACAGUCGGAGGCUAAGCGCCGCAAGAUUGAGAAUGGCGAAGGUGAUGUUUUGCCGGUCUAUGCGACCCAAUUCUCCGCAGAGGAGAUCGCCGCCGAAGAGCGUCGCCCCAAAAAGAAGGUCGCCCUCAUGCUGGGUUACUCGGGGACUGGCUACUCUGGCAUGCAAUUGAAUACGGAUCGCAAAACAAUUGAGGGUGACCUUUUCGCUGCAUUGGUCGCUGCUGGUGCAAUCUCCAAAGCUAAUGCCUCGGACCCAAAGAAGUCUUCCUUUGUUCGCUGCGCGCGUACCGACAAGGGCGUUCAUGCCGCCGGAAAUGUUGUCUCGCUGAAGAUGAUUGUUGAAGAUAAGGACAUUAUCAAGAAGGUCAAUGACGUGCUCAGCCCCCAGAUCAGGGUCUGGGGCUAUGAGCUGACCACGAGUAGCUUCAGCUGCUACAACCUUUGCGACUCUCGAAUCUACGAAUAUCUCAUGCCCAGUCAUUGUCUCCUUCCACCUCAUCCCAGCACCUUCAUGGGCAAGAAGAUUGUCCAGCUGGCUGAGAAGGAAGGUGAACUUGAAGCUGUACAGGCUAGGCAAGCAGAGGUAGCAGACUAUUGGGAAAAAGUCGACGAAAAGUUCAUCAAGCCGAUCUUAGAGAAGCUCCCAGAAGAUGUUCGUGAGAUCGUGCAAAACUCCCUUUUUGCCAAAGAGGAGGAAGAGGCAGUCUCCGGACAGAAGAGUGAUGAUGCCACGCCAACCACUAAGCCCUCGGCCCAAGAAGAACCCCCAAAUCGAUCCGCUGACGGCCCCGCCCCGCCUACGGACGCCGGCAACCCCAAGCCGUCAGAAAUGGAUCCACGACAACUCUUGGUCUUCGACACCAUCAAAGCUAUCAAAGCUGCAUACAUGACUGCGAGGAGGGAGUACCGUGCACCUGCUACCCGCAUCAACCGUCUUCAGGAAUGCUUGGAUAAGUAUAUUGGUACUAGGAAUUUCCAUAAUUACACCGUCCAGAAGACCUUCAAAGAUCCUUCUGCCAAACGCCAAAUCAAGUCUUUCAAGGUGAACCCGGAGCCAAUCAUCAUCAAUGGCACUGAAUGGCUUAGCUUGAAGGUUCAUGGUCAAAGCUUCAUGAUGCACCAAAUCCGCAAGAUGGUUGCGAUGGCUGUCAUGAUCACUCGCAGCGGUUGUACUCCCGAGCGUAUCCUCGAGAGCUACAAAUCCGAUCGGAUCGCUAUCCCCAAGGCUCCCAGUCUGGGACUGCUGCUCGAGCGCCCUAUCUUCGACUCGUACAACGAGAAAGCUAAAACCCUUGGUCGUGACCCCGUGGGCUUUGAAAAAUACACAGCUGAAAUGGAAGAAUUUAAGCAGCGCGAAAUUUAUGACCGCAUCUUCCGCGAGGAGGAGCAAACUUCUGCCUUCGGUAACUUCUUCAACCAUAUCGACCACUUCCCCGCGGAUUUCUUUCUUUACGUGACUUCCGGUGGAAUUAAGGCCACCCAGCAGGUUGCAGCCGCCCCAAGUCAGGCGACCCCCAAGCCUGAGACGGAAAGCAAACCAACUGCAGCGAAUGCGGGCAAGUCUGAAAACGAUGUCCUUGCUGCGGUCGAAGUUGAAUCGGAGGACGAGGCAAACCCAACUGAAGACAGCUGA